AAUUACUUUGCAAUAAGAACAAUGAAGUUUUAUAAAACAUUUAAUGUUAUUUUAGUUUGUGUUUUUAUUGUUGGGGACUCAAAUGAAUAUUACAUUGUAGAUUGUCCUUUCCAGUACAUAAACAAUGGUUACUAUCAUUUUGAUGGUGGAUAUUACAAACUACAUACUACUCCACAAUGUUGGGCCAAUGCUAGAUCAAUUUGUGAUGCAGAAGGUGCACAUUUGGCAAUAAUUAAUUCACAAUCGGAAGCUAACUUCUUAGUAAAUCUUAUGAAUCAAUAUUAUUCUCAGAAUUACAUGCGUGUUAAUCAAUACAAUAAUGAACUAUUAAUUGGUUUUCAUGAUUUAUACCGUGAUGGCGAAUAUGUUACAGUUGAAGGUCAAGAUUUGGAGACAGCGGGUUAUAAUUCAUGGGUACCAGGACAACCAAAUGAAUUAUUUGGCCAAAAUUGUGGAUCAAUGUCUAACAGAGGACGACUAAACGAUUUUCCUUGUUCGAUGCCAUCAAUAUUCGCAUGCGAGGUUACGAAAUUCACCACAUGUGAUAAUGUUGGAAGAAUUCGAGCUAUGCCGCGAAUUAUGCCGUGUGACCCACUUAUGUCACUCCCUCUAAAGGGAACCAACUCCUGAUGCCGAAAUUAAUCAAAGAUUGUAUACACAUUCUUAAACAAAGAAUUAUAAAAUUCUAAUAAAAC